AUGACCACUAGCUUACUUAAUAGUCUAUCACAGGAAAUAAACCAAUUUGAUGUUUCGGGUCGUCAAAGUUUGAAUGAGCUAUAUGAAAAUUCCGAAUCCUUUCUACAACAGUUGAAGGAUAUAGAAUCUGCUUUACAUGACGAGAUUCACCAAGAGGAGCAACAACGACAAAAUUUGGCACAAUCUCCCGAUACAAUAUCGGCGCCUAUCAGUAGGUUGCUCUGCAGUGCAAAAACUCAAAGCUUACACGAAGACUUGCUACAAUGCACAGAUGGUUGGUACAAAUCAUCUAUUGAUUGCCUCAAAUCGUAUAAUUCAGCCAAUAACAAGUUUCUGAAGAAUGUUUUGAAUAAUAGCAAAUUCGCCGUAGAUCUCGAUGAGGCUUACAGCUAUAAAUUGAACAUGGAUAGUUUCCCGGUUUGCAAUUUCAACAUUGAAGAAGCAUUGGCUGAAAUAUCUCCUACAAACACUCAGACAUCCUUUAUAUUCCAUGACAUUGAAGCUAAAAACGCCAAGCAAGAAAAUAAGGAAGAAUUGACCAAGGCGAUAAUUCUCCAUUUGUUCAAAAUCGGUCAGAGUAGUGUAGUGCCAGAGAUUUUAAAGCGACAGCCACCAUCAUCGCCCAUUUCCAUAAAUCCCGAGUUACUACAACAAUUUUCACUUUUGAAUGAAAUCGUUGACGACAUUUGCAUAAGGCACGAUUUGAAUCAAACAUUGGGCUGGUUUCAUACAAAGUACAACGAGAGAAUCUUAAAUCCAAACUCGUAUCAUGAUUUGGAAGAUGCAGAGUCAUUUAGUAACACUGAAUUCAAAUUCCAUAUGCUUCAGUUUAUUAUUCUAUUGAACGGGAAGGAUCUGGAGUUCUCGUACGAUGAUGCAGUUGAGGCGUAUUUCUACUCGAAAGAGCAUUUCAACAAGUUUUUGAAAAACUAUUUACACGAAAUGGCACCAUUGGUAACCUUGAUUCUUUUCAACUCAAACAACAACAACUCAGGAAUUGAACAGUUUUCUAAACAGAGGAAUAAAGAAUACGCAAUACAAAAUUUCAUUGAAAAGAUGAGAAACGGAUUUAUUAUUGAAAGCGAUGCAUCAUCUCGAAAUAGGAAAAAAGGUGGCAAGGUUGACUUUGUAUCAGAAUUGCUUCAAAAUUUUAAAAAUAUCCAUGAAAACACUAGUCUAUUCACAAAUUUGGCAAACGAUUUCGUUUCCGAGUACUGCAAGGAUAUGAAAUUAUCUAGCGACUCGUCACUAUUCCAAAGUAUUCUUGCUGGCCAUGUAUACUUGCCAAGUUUCUACAAAUAUAACAAAGUUCAAUUAAAAUUGAAAAACUACAAAUCAAUUGGAGAAAAAUCGGCCAAAGAUACCAACCUGAAAACCAAUAGCAAGGAUUUCCCACAACACCAUGCGCACCAUGUGCACGAACUACCGUUCCAGUUGCUGGACAAAAAUCGGUUUUUGUUCAAAAAUCAUCCAAUCUUUAUCUGUCCAAUAUCAAGAGAGCAAGCAACACCAGUCACCCACGAAAUAAUUUCUUCUACUUUUAUUGAAAGCAAAGACGGAGCUCCUUUGACCGUAAAAAGAGAAAAGUACAUUCGAUUUAAUCCGGCAACUACUCAAGUGGUAGUGUUGAACUAUUGCCAUCAUCUUGCAUUAAGAGAAAGCAUAUGGCAGCUUUCAAAGAAGGGAAUUGAUAUAUUCAAAUGUCCAUAUUGUUAUAAGAAACACAAGUAUACAGAUGUAUCUGAUGCUUACUUUAUAGAUUUAUAA